AUGCUACACGACACUAUACUAGAGAGAAAAGUAACAAUAAAGGAUCUUGGAGUGAUUUUGACAUCCAACCUCAGUCCAGAUCUGCACAUAGACUCAGUUUGCACUAGAUCAUCAAAGCUUUUGGGUUUCAUCAUCCGUGCGUCCAGAGAUGGUAUCAACAUCGAAGCUCUUAGGAUUUUGUACACCUCACUUGUACGACCUGUGUUGGAAUAUGCUAGCGUAGUAUGGUCCCCAUAUCAAACUGGACACAAAGAUAGACUCGAAAAAAUUCAAAGAAGGUUCAUUAAAAUAAUUGGUGUUAAAUUGGGAUUCAACUAUUCUACCGUCCCUAUCGAUGAUGUAGCAAACUACCUGAAGCUGACACCUCUAGAAGAAAGAAGAAAGAUGAUCGAUGCCCUCUUCCUGAAAAGACUUCUCACCAAUAUGAUCGACUGUCCUGAGUUACUUGAUCUUAUCACGUUUCGAAUCCCCACGGCUACUCGGACCCAGGAGUUGUUCCACCGACAUCAGUGUUCAACCAGCUACGGAUUUCACAGUCCUGUUCCAAGACUUCAUCGUCAGGGGAAUACUCUAACUCAGCAUCACGAUUAUGACUUCUUUAAUGACAGUGAUUCUGCACUGAAGAGGAUCUUCUCCAAUUGA